CUUUUCCUUAGAGGUCAUGUUUUGUUAUUUCAAGUCUUGAUCCAUCAAAAUUUAGAAUUGCGUGAGAAUCAAAAAAUUUGUUUUAUUAGAAACGGUGCAAUUUAAAUCCAUUACUUCCGGCAACCAGCAGUUUACAAACGCAACGACCGCUAAACAUCAGAGUUUCCUUUCUAUCCUAUAAGGAGUUUUGUUUUGUAAUCGGUCUGAUUUAUGUCGUUGUUUGUUAAAUAAUCCUAACACACUCGCCCAAUCCAAUUGAAGAAAGAAGAAGAAAUUGGAAAAGAAGAACGGACGCCGCUUUUUGAUUUUGGCGGCAAGUGCAAUUAUGUCCCAAAUGAAAGUGUCAAGUUGAUUUUGUUUUCAUUAAGCUAUUUUGUUUGGCUUUAGAGGAAAAAUAACGAAUAUACCAAAAGCAGUUAAAAUGAAAUGCACGAUCCCCGAAAUUUCGUGGCAUAACAGAGAACCGGUACUGAGCGUAGACAUUUAUCCCAAAUCCGACUCCAUUUACAGGUUAGCCACGGGAGGAGGUGAUUGUCAUGUUGUUUUGUGGGAUCUGAAUUUGACUGAUAACGGGUCAGUUAAACAAGAAGUUUUCUCUGAUUUAACAAGGCACCAGAAAGCUGUAAACUGCGUCAGGUGGUCAAAUGGGGGCCAAUACUUAGCGUCCGCUGAUGACGAUGCUAACAUUAUCGUUUGGCAACAAAAAUGUGAUACUGAGAAUGGAGACAAAGAAAUGUGGGGAGUGUACAAAGUGCUGCGAGGUCACAAAGAGGAUGUGUAUGAUUUGUGCUGGUCUAUCGGAGAUUCAAAACUAAUAUCUGGAUCAAUAGAUAAUACCGCCAUUCUUUGGGACAUUACUAAGGGUAAAUUAGACCAUAUUCUCACUGACCAUAAAGGGUUUGUCCAGGGUGUCUGCUGGGACCCUAAAAAUCAACUGAUCGCGUCAAUAAGCACAGACAAAAUUUGCAGAGUAUUUGACACAACAGGCAAACAAAUAAAAGCCAGAAUAAAUAAAGGAAAGCUGUCCGUUCCAGAAAAUCAUGUGCUGUAUAACAAAGAGGUUAAAUUUUUUCAUGACGACACAUUCAAAUCCUUCUUUAGGAGGUUGCAGUUUACCCCUGAUGGAUCAUUACUAAUUGUCCCAUCGGGGUAUAUAGAAGCCGAUGGGUGUAAGCCUCUUAACGCUACCUUGAUCUUCACUUUGGAUAAUUGGGGUUGCCCGGCCGCCAUCUUACCGCUGACGAAACAAAGUAGCACCGUCGUGCGCUGUUGCCCCCUUCUCUUCGAGCUCCGCGACGACGGGCCGGAUCCGUUCAUCAAACUGCCCUACAGGAUGGUUUUCGCGGUUGGCACCGACCACGACAUCAUUCUCUACGAUACCCAGCAAAUCUUUCCGUUUGCCCGAUUCCAAGACAUCCACUACACCAGAUUAACCGACUUGACGUGGUCACAAGACGGUUUGCUGCUGAUAGGGUCGUCAACUGACGGAUUUUGUUCAGUGAUUACUUUCGACGUAGGAGAAUUGGGCGUUGCGUUUGUAAAUAGGAGAGCGGGCAGCGAUGUCGAAGAGUACCUUCUGGAAGUGAGUUCGUGCAAGGAUGAAAAUGUCGAUACCACAAACAAAGAGGAAUCGAAAAAGGCUCCGAGUUUCUUAGUCCAAUGGGCGCAGAACACUUCGAAAAAGGAUAGGGUUUCAAAUAAAGAGGUUGUAACGUCAACAACGAACGAGCCAAAUGCAGAGACCCCUACGAGGAUUGAAAAGAAACAGCCCAGGAGAAUAGUGCCGAUAAAGAUCGGAGAAGUGGAAAGCAAAAUGUCACUCAAAACGAAAACUCAGCCGACGCCUCGGACCGCGACACCAGUGGAAGAGCCCGCAACGAAAAAACCCAAACUGGAAGACGACCAAGCGGAAGAUUUCAACAGGGCCUCGAACGACAUCAAGGAAUUCUUUUGCCGGUUGCCGAAAUUCAAAAGUGACCCGUCGACGGGGGCGCACAGUGACGCUAAACCCAUCGCAGUGAGGCGAAAGCCAAAGGAUGCCCCGCCAGAGCAAAAAAGGGACGAACCCAAGACUCCGGUUAGGAAAAAGCUCGAAGCAAAGGACACCAACAAGAAGAACACUUUGCACAAUUUCCUGCGAAGCGGUGAAAAGCGCAAAACGAAAACGGACGGCGAAGGGCCGCUAAUAGAUUUGACGUUGGAAGAGAAUCAGGCGCAAGAGGCGUGGGCCGAAGCAGCGAAGGAAGUCGUAGUACCGACGGAGAAGAGCGGACCAACGAGAGACGAUGACGACCGGACCGAAGAUUUUUGUUUGCAACUCGAAGACUCGCGGUCGGCGGAAGAAGAGAGUCGAAUCGUCCGUCGCGACGACAGUUCUGAAGCGGCGACGGCGAAAACGCCGAGAAGGAUACCCCUGAUCACGUUGGCCAGUCCUAAGCGCGUCGUGUAAGAUUGCCAAGAUGGGCGUGUAAAUAUUAGUGAGCAAGAAUUACGUGGCUUUUUUUGUCGUUUUUUGUGGUGGUUACGAUGAAAUAUAUAUUUUUGAUUAAGUUUUUCGGCGUUGUUUUAUUGUUGACCAUAGAAUAAAGAAGAACCUGAAGUGAUAAAAUUAACCCUGUA